AUAAAGAAAGGAAGGUGGCGAAGCGCGCGCGAGCUCCCCCCGUGCAAAAAUCAUUAAAACGCGUGCUCGUUUCGCGGCUGCGGCUUACGUCGUGUUGAUUCCGGCCUGUGAUUUAUUAACGAACGACAGGAGACAAAGUCGAUCGUUUUGGCCACACCGCUCGUUCACUCGCGCGGUGUGGCAUCCUCCAAGUCGUCGUGGGAAACGAUACUCUAGUUAUACUCUCUACGUACGACACCUGAACGAUACGAUACGUCAUCGGUCCUUCCGUCCCGAGUCCUCAAGUAUCUAUUACAUGUACAGCCACCACGGGCUUUGGGACGGUUUGGGUAACAGUGGGACGCGCGCCGGUAUGGAGUGGACCCGCGACAAGACUCUGGAACUGCUACGCGAGUAUCAACAACGACGCGUCCUCUGGGAUUGGAACGCUCGAGGCUAUCGGGACCGGGCGAAGCGCAAACGAGCUAUCCAGGAGCUUGCCGAGAUUCUUUGCUGCAACACUCUCGAGGUUGAGAAAAAGAUCACUAAUCUCAAGUGCCAGUAUUCUCGGGAGGUGCACAAGAUACAGAACAGUCGCGAUGCCGCGACCGGUCCGGACGACGUAUACGUCUCCAAGUGGUUCGCCUUCAAAGCCAUGCAGUUCCUACAAUUUGGCACGCGUAGAUACAGCAAGCGGAAGAAGAAAGUUGAAGAGGAACCAAAACUACAAGAAGAAUAUAUUGUGAGCGACAUCGAUCCAGAAAGUAUAACAUUCAUGGAUUGCAACGAGGAGACAAACGGCUCCGGCAGCGGCUCUUUCAACGCCUCGCUGAGCGAGGACGCCGAAGAGUCCUCGUCAUCCAGUCUGAAGGCAAUGGAGUUGUUUAACGGUUCUUUGCCGAACCAGGACGAUUCACCGGCCGAUCUUGACGAGUCCGGGCAGAUGAAACUCGAGCUUCGCGCACCGGACGAGCAAGAACGAAAAAAGACCAAGGAGGAGUUUGCCAAGUUUGGCGAGAGUAUUGCUGUGCAGCUCGCCGAGAUUCCCGACUCAUACUCGAGAUCGGUCGCCAAACUCAGAAUCAAUCAGAUCCUCUUCGAGGCAGAAAUCGGAAUCUACGCGCAAACGCAUCGCUAAUAAGCAAGUUCGCUAAGGUUCGCUAAGCGCGAACCAACGCAAAUACAGCCAACAUGCAGAAGACAUUGCGAUAAGGUCGUCGCAUUCAUGCAGGCGCAUCGUCGCUAUCGAUCUCGAUUUAAGUUUGCCCGAGCUGUAACGAGUUCUUAUAGUCGAGUAAGGUUUUGGAACGAUUUUGAAAAGGACAAUGACGAAAGAAAGUAACUAAGUAAAACGAAAAAAAUUAUUAUUCGACGCAAGAGACCCUUCUAUUCACAUUUCACACAUUAUUCAUCGACCGAGCGUGUGUUCCGAUUAGCGGCAGAGUGAAACUAUACAUCUUCUAUUUCGAACAACUUUUAACUUUUCGAUAGAUAAAAUAUUAUUUAAACUAUUACAUAUUCCGGAUUUAGGGAAUUAGAGGAAUCAAGUGUGGUAAUUUGUGUGCAAUAAUAAGGUCAAUUUGAUUGCAACGAGCAUUGAUGAUUUUGAUGAUCGCACCGCGCUCUGUUCACGUCUUGUUACAAACCGCAUGCUUCUAGGCUGCGUUCAGAAAAUCACGAUAUAUCAUGUUAUCCUUGUUAUUCAUCGAUCAUGUUAAACAAGGAUAAAAUGAUUUCUAAAUCACCUAGGCGAAGUUUCUGAACGCAGCCCUAAAGACUAUAAAGAUUUGAACGAUGAUCAAGACUGUAUAAUAAGUAAUUUUUCUAAAGUGGUUGAGCAAGAAAUAUGUCGAUAUUAAAUCGAUUGGUUUAUUUUUUAAAUUAAAAGAAGCAAUGUCGAGUUUUAGUACUCUCUUGUGUUUAUGUGUAUGUGCGCGUUUUACGCGCGAAAAAAAACGAUCGAUAUAAAAAAUGUUGAUAUUAAAUUAAGCAUUAUAAUAUUUACUCUUGUGUUUAUCAUUUUUCUCAUUUAAACAAUUCAAUUAUCAUAUCGUUUGUAGAUAAAAAUUUAUAUUAAUUUAACUUUCCGACAUUGUCCUCUUUAAUUUUUGACAUUAUUUUGAACACAGCACUAAUGUAAAAAGAAUACACACCCGGAUUAAUCAGCAGACUAAAGUCUUUCGAAUUUUUUCGACUUUUGGAAAGAGUCAAUGAGUGACAAUGAAAUAUGAAUGCGAACGAACACAAGACAUCUUUCAUUUGUAAUCACCGCCACGAUAAUGUCGCGCGCGCGCCAAAGUCACACUAUUUAAUUUCCUAAAAACGCAAUACUAAUCAUCAAUAACUCGAUGUAGUAAAUAUAGUUAGUCUUUCUUAGCGUUAAAAUUUUGAAUAUACACGAUAACCGAGUCGCGAGGAUCUAAUAGCGGUGAUUGCAAAUUCGUAUUAGCAGCAUGAUAUAUGAUUUUCCUCUUCGAUACACUUGUUAAUCUUACAUCUAUAAAUACAUAAAUGAAUUAUUAUACUAGUAAAUUAAACACGCAUUACAAUAUUUGUAUCGAUUUAAUAGUGUCGACGUUUUAUUAUGUAAAAUACCCAUAAAAUCCCAACAAACAGCGCAACGUAUCCCUAUUAAUCUUUAAAUGCUUGCGCGAAACAAAUGAAAAUAAAUGCCCACGUAGCGUCUGUCGAUUAACUUUCUUCAAUGAUUAAAACUAAUAUUAUAGCGGAAAUGUUAAUAAGGAGCGAAUCAAUUGUUAAUCUUGAUUAUAAGUAUAUUAGUUUCGAUAAAUGGAAAGUAAAAUUGAAGCAAAUAAUCUGCGAUUCGAAAUAAUUCAUUAAUAUAUAAAUUCAGUUUAUUGUUAGUUGACCUGUUGUUUUUCGUCCAUAAUGAAACUUUACAUGUAUAUCGAUAUGAUCAGACAUUUCUUUUCUUUGAAAAAAAAAAAAAA